AGUAAAGUCCAUCUCUGUCACACACAGCUCGGUGUCCUUCCUCCACUCCGCACAUCCUCCUUCCUUUGCAACCCCCGGGGACCCGCUGAAACGCUCGCCGAAAGAAGAGCGCCAUGGCCCGCUUGGUGGGAGAAGGGAUGCCCGAGUCAAGCGUCGGAAUAGGUGUGAUGCUGAGCCGGCGGAGGACUAAAGGCAGACGGAGAAAGCGAAAGGAGUUGUUCGCCGUCCAGAUGUGCUUUGCGGGGAUUCUGCUGGGACUCGCUGUUGGGAUCAAGAAUGUGGCAAGGAAAGAAGCAUCUCAUCUUUCAACCACUACAAUGCUCGAAGAGCUGAGGUGGGAGGGCCGUCACCUUCUACAAGAUUUCCAUGACAACCAAUCUACGAUGUUCUCAGACCUGGACAAAAACUGCACCGAACCAGCGAUUCACGAGUUCCCAAGAGAUUACUUCACGAACCAGGAGCGCAUUGAUGGAGCCGUGGGACUGCAUGUCCUCUGUGCAGUCUAUAUGUUCUAUGCCUUGGCCAUUGUGUGUGAUGAUUACUUCGUCCCCUCGCUAGACAAGAUAUGUGAGCGUCUUCAUCUUAGUGAGGAUGUUGCAGGAGCGACCUUCAUGGCUGCAGGAAGUUCAGCACCUGAAUUGUUCACCUCUGUCAUAGGAGUAUUCAUUACUAAAGGGGAUGUUGGGGUCGGCACAAUUGUGGGCUCAGCUGUCUUCAAUAUCCUCUGCAUUAUUGGAGUAUGUGGGAUAUUUGCUGUGCAGACCAUUCAUCUGUCCUGCUGGCCUCUGCUGAGAGAUUCCACCUACUACACCCUUUCUAUCUCUGCUCUUAUUGUGUUCAUAUAUGAUGAAAAGGUGGUUUGGUGGGAAGCACUGACAUUGAUUCUCAUGUAUUUCGUCUAUAUUUUGAUAAUGAAACUCAACUCCCAUGUGGUCCGUUUUCUGGAGAGGAGCAAGAAGAACUCAUCCGGUUUGAGAAAUGGAGCUGCGAAUAACAGAGAGCUGGAUGAUGGCUCCGAUGCGACUACAGUCCUCUUGAAAAAAGCAAACCACCACAGGAAGACAUCAGUGCUGAUGGUUGACGAGCUGCUUUCAGUGUACCCCCACCAGCUGUCCUUCUCAGAGGCCGGCAUGCGAAUCAUGAUCACAAGCCACUUCUCCCCGAGAACCCGGCUCACCAUGGCCUCCCGAAUGCUCAUUACUGAGAGGCAACGUCUCAUCAACACAAGGAAUUUGACCAAUGGUGACUCUGAUGCGCCAGUGAAAGGAGUGAGCAAACGAGCCUUAGAAAAUGGGCUGUCUGCAGCAGAAAGAAGCGUCAACACACGGCGAGAGGACCACGAGGCCGGAAACGAGACAGAGAAUGAAGACAACGAGAAUAAUGAAAAUGAUGAGGAGGAAGAAGAAGAGCAUGGGGAGGGACCUUUUGUUCCCUUCCAGUGUCCAGCUGGUGUAUGCAACAAAGUGAAAUGGCUGAUGGCUUGGCCACUGUGCCUGCUGCUCUACUUCACUGUGCCCAACUGCGCCACACCUCGCUGGGAGAACUGGUUCAUGCUGUCCUUUGUCUCCUCAACCCUGUGGAUUGCUGCCUUCUCCUACAUAAUGGUUUGGAUGGUUACAGUGAUUGGCUUCACCCUGGGUAUCCCUGACGUCAUCAUGGGCAUCACCUUCCUGGCAGCUGGGACCAGCGUCCCUGAUUGUAUGGCCAGCCUCAUAGUGGCAAGACAAGGAAUGGGAGACAUGGCGGUCUCCAACUCCAUCGGUAGUAAUGUGUUUGACAUCUUGGUGGGCCUUGGGCUGCCCUGGGCCUUGAAGACACUGGCCAUUAACUACGGGUCUGAUAUCAAAUUAUACAGCAAAGGACUGAUUUUUUCUGUGGGGCUUCUGUUGGGGUCUGUGUUUCUGACGGUCAUUGGAGUACACCUCAACAAGUGGACGCUGGACAAACGCCUCGGUCUCAUGUGUCUCCUCCUCUACGCUGUCUUCCUGUGUUUCUCUUGCCUCAUCGAGUACAACAUUUUCACCUUUGUCAAUCUGCCCACCUGCAGAGAUGACUGAGACGGACACACACACACACACACACACACACACACGCACUAGAAUGCAGUGUGGCAUUUGAGUUUGAAAUCGAUGGCAGUGCGCGACACCAGAAUGAGAACCAAAAUUGCAAAUCAUAUGAAGACCGACAUUUACGUCCAAACCACUUCCACACUCCUGGAUCAUUGUGUGGAAUCACACUUUCAUUUAUUAUUUAUUUUGUACAUAUUAUAAAGGUGGGAAGGUGCAAUUGAGGGACUGUCGGUGUCCCACACGGGAAGACAUAAAGGACAGCAACAACCAUGAGUUUCUGAUGCCAUUCUCUUGUGACAAAAUCACCACGUUGAUGGUAAAGAAUGGUUUAUGUUUUAUGAUUACAGGUCCAGAAGUUCUAAGUAUUGAGCAACGGGGCUUAUUAUACACAUAUUCCACGUCAAACAUACCAGGGCAUUAUUAUCCAGUCAAUUUUGUAAUGUGUCACCGCUGAUGUUUUGUAUUUUAAAUUAAUUGAAUAGCUUUAUGGAGAGCUUUUGGUUCCCUUUUGUAAAUAGUUUUGUGUAAAUAGCCCCGCAAUUACUCACAUAUUAUUUAUUGGUGUCAUGCGCACAUUUCUCCUCUGGAGAUCACAGAACCCUCAUCAGGUUUAUUUAUGGUGCCAGGGUCGCUGCAAUCCACUGUUAGGAGAGAAACACUUCUUUCCAGAUGUGUACUGAUAAGCACAAUUUUUUUUUAAUGACUUGAUUUAGAUGCGAUGUGUGUUGAUGCUAGAAAGGGAAAAAAAACAACAACAACAAAUUGAACUUUGCACUGUAGAGCCUAAACUAGCUUAAGAGGAUGACCUCCUGGUCUCCGAGGCUCUUUGUUGUCCUCCAAAUGCUCCAUGCUGAUUUCGAGGAUGCAUUUCCUUGUACGAUGACGCCGUUUUAAUUAUGUGUUGCAAGUGUCCGUGUAGAGCACUGCCAGCAUGUUUAUUAGGAGUGAUAUGGUAGUAAGUACUACAUACUGUAGAAGCAAAGUACAGAAAAUAACUUACUGCUGCUUUUUCCUCAUUUAAGAUGCUGACUAAAUGGAUUUAAAAAACACUGAUGGCAUUAUUUGACUUGCCACUUUUUUAGAUUUAUGUCCACUUUAAUGAUGUAAUACAAUACAUCUGGACAUUUAUCCUAGUUUGACUACUUUAUUUCAUUCACCAAGAAUCAUCGUAUUUUGUAUUGCCUAAUGUUUGGAUUUGUCCAGAUUUGGUAGCUUUGUUGUAUAGGAAUAUUUUUGCUAGUUUUUAGAGCAUGUACAAUGUACGUCGGUAAACAAUCCUGAGGACUUCAGCAAAAAAAAAAAAAUUUGCACGUAAUCCUCAAAGACUUCCACAACUGUUAAAACCCGUUGACUCGUGCAUAGUAUCGUAAAAAAAAAAUUGUUCUGCUUCUCAGUUUAAAAGACAUUUUAUUUUUUUCCUCACUCUAUUUUAUUUUCAUUUAAACCUAUUUAAAACAAUGAUUUUUAAAUUGUAAUUAUAUUUAAAUUUCUUCUUGUUUUUGUUUUGUUUGUUAAUUGUUAUUCUGGUGGGUAAUGUGCAUUUCUUUCUGGCAGAGGCUACGUGCUAUGACAGGAAAACGGGGUUUCAAUUUGUUUAAGGGCAUACCCAAUGGAAAAAUUAAGAUCAUGGAAAUGUUAAUAUCCUGCUUUAAAUAUAAAAGACAUUAUAAGAGUUGUAAAAAAAAGAAAAAGAAAAAUCCACCUGGUGUUUUAUGUUUGACACUUUACCAGUU